AUGCUUCAUCUGGAUCGUGAAAUAGGGCUUGACAUCGAAAUUGUCCGCGAGAAAGCAGAAGCGUACGGCAUUCGACUAUUGAAGCUUCUACCAGCAGAGCUCAUCCAGAUGGUACAAGAGUACAGCGAUUCGGCGACAUUCUGGCGUUACAUCCACUUUCACGUGUUGAGGCUUGAGCUCCCUGCAUCUCUGUUGGGGUUUCAUAUUUGGGACACUCCCAACCCCCCUGGUAUUGAGGACUGCGACUUUUACGGCCGCGUGACACCGUCCAUGCAAUUCAAGACCACCAACUUACGAAGUGUAACGGGCCUUACAUUUUUCUUCUCCUUCAGCAAGCUCUACGCAAUACACGCGCACACACAUGCGAGGCCUUAUGCAACGAAAACGUUCGAGCGCCUUCCUGCGAAAAGACAGGAAAGUGUCGUUCGUACAAAGCUAGCCGGGGAUGUGUAUGUUGGCCCAUGCCAUCUCAGGCAGCACAGAGAUGUUGUUCUCAGCCAGUCAAGCCCAGAACUGCUCAUUCACAAUGUUGCAGAUGUCGGACCAGCUACUGUAUUCGGAACAUAUCCGCGGAAGCAGCAACGGGAUAGCCUACAGCCGUUCAACAACAGCUGGCCGAAUAUGGAUCCUCUCCUUCAUAUGAUGUUCGAGCAUAUGUAUCUUUCUGUAGCGCCCUUAAACGACGUGGCCGGUAUUCAGGUUCUAGAAGACGAGAACUUUGAAUGCAAGGGUAUGAUAUUUGACUACAGCAACGGUGCCCAAAGAGCCCUGGGGGACUGUCGAUUUGGUCAUUAUCGGGCGAAAGCGUACGUGAGGCCACUGCGUUUGUGCUACUGUCAUGUCCAACCUACACCGGCGAUAGUGCGGGGUGUUCACGUUGAGAUUGGAAGUGAGUCGGACCAUGCGCACAGCGGCGAUGACUGGAAGUGCUCGAAGAUGGAAGGGAAUAUCGAGUUUUGGUUCUCCAAGGAACAUUCGGUCAUCGUCUGCCACUCCAUUGAGAUCACAGCAGCUCCAUGA